UUAUUCAGAAAGUUGUCGGUCGCCGUCGGGGAUAAAGGAAAUCCAUUUUCAAUCGUGCAGUGCAUCGGCUUUGGAAACAGUUUUAUCGGUACUUUUUCGCUCCAAUCAAGCUCAAUUUGCGAAGAAAAAGUAGUGUUCAGUGUUUUCGUCUGAUUUCAUAAACAUCCUUGGCCAAAUUCUAGCCGAAAAUGUCCCAUCAAACCGGAAUCAAGGCCAAUGCGGAGCUGCUCAAGUUCUUUGGAAAAUGCAAAGACGGGAAAACUAGAGUGCUCAAAGUUUCCAUCGAGAACGAGGAACUCACGCUAGUCGACCACAAGGCGGUCAAGAAAGAUUUCGACAAAGACUACGAUGCGCUCAUAAAACCACUCAUCGAAGACGAUGUUCCGUGCUAUAUUCUUUAUCGGCUCGACUUCAAAAUCCCUACCGGAUAUGCAUGGCUAUUGCUGAGUUGGGUGCCAGAAUCGGCCACGGUCCGGCAGAAAAUGCUGUAUGCUUCGACGAAGGCCACCCUCAAGCUGGAGUUCGGUUCGGGUCAUAUCAAGGAGGAGCAAAAUGCCACCAGCAGGGAGGAAACGACACUUCGAGGCUACCAGAAGCAUAAGCUCGACUUCAGUGCACCGGCCCCGUUGACGAGCCGGGAGGAAGAACUGGCGGAGAUUAGGAAAAGUGAGGUGAAGACAGAUUUCGGUAUCGAUACCAAGCAGCAGACGCUUGGCGGUAUCAAUUGUCCGAUUUCCGAACCGACGAGCCAAGCGCUGAACGACAUGCGUAGAGGUAUAUACAACUAUCUGCAGUUUCGAAUCGAUUUGGACGAGGAAAAAAUCCACGUGGUCAAUGCUGCCAACAUUGACAUCCUAAAACUGCCAUCACAGAUUCCAACGGACCACGCCCGAUACCAUCUGUAUCUGUUCAAACACCAGCACGAAGGCAACCACUUGGACAAUAUGGUGCUCGUCUACUCGAUGCCUGGUUACAGCUGCUCGAUCCGGGAACGGAUGAUGUACUCCAGCUGUAAGGGACCAUUCUCGGCCACGAUUGAGAAGCACGGUAUCGAGAUAACUAAGAAGAUUGAAAUCGACAACGGGGAAGAGCUGACAGAGGAAUUCUUGUAUGAAGAACUUCACCCGCGGAAGCUCAACCUGCGACCGCAAUUCUCCAAGCCCAAGGGACCGCCCAGCCGGGGAGCGAAAAGACUGACAAAACCGCAAGCGGUUGAAUAAACCAUCUUCGACCUACAGCAAAUUGUUUAAAAAACAUGCAAUUUAUACAUUUUAAGCAUUUCUUUUUCGUUGCUUCCGACCGUUUUCGUUUUUUGGGUUCCAUAACCGAGAAUUGUCCGCGUGGCUGGCACUAACAAUAUAUAUUUUAUGCUUUAUGUUGCUGUGAGGAAGCGACUCUUGCCCCAUUUGAUGUAAUGUUGUCCUAUUUACUUGCAAAUUGUGUGUUUAAGAUUUUAAAUAUUGAAAUCCUCGGCGGAAAAUUGCACGGCAAAGCGAAAUAGAAAAUGCAGGGAAUAUAUUAUGGGAACGAGUGGUUAUAGGUAUUUUGAUUUUGUAUUUGUGUAUAGUAUUUAUAUUCGAUCUCGAAGGAAGGCUUUUUGUUUUAAAAUAUCCGCAUCAGACGAGUAUGGACAUAUGAGAUUACGCGGCUGAUAUCCACGGUCAGUGUAGACUGCACGAAGUGUUCUGAUGACAAACAAAAUCGAACAAGUCUCCCCCAAUCAAUCAGGAGCGGAAGAAAAUGAUGACAACAAACAAACAAUAGAAAAUGAUUAGGUCGCCAGCGCAGCGACGAAAAACAAACCAGAAUGAGCAUGAAUUAAAAAUCGACAAAAAUAUAUACAUGAUUGGAAAAUCUUAUUCAACUAUGGUUAUAAUUAUAUACUAUAUAUAUUCGCAGUCAGGAAUAGAAAGGACGAGGGAAGCAAAAAGCAAAAUCAAUAAAAACGAAUUUUAACCUAUAAUACCUACCUAGUAUGAAAUUUAAAGUCGACGGCUAUUUCCACUACAACAAAAAACCAACACCGGAAUAAAAGGUAAACAUAUUUCUUGUAAUAUUCUUUACACAGAGGUGAACACAAUAACGGUAUGCAUUGCUGAAUAAAAGUACUAUUUAUUGAAUGAACAAAUGGAAA